ACGACCGCUGCGUCAACGCGCAACGUCAGCUUGUCGAAUCCACACUGCACAGUCGGACUCCUAUCCUUCCCUUUGAUACCGUGAACGUAAUGGCGAAACCGGCUCCGCCGCCAUCUCUGCAAGAAAUCACACGAAAAUUAUCUCUACAUUCGGUCGCAAAGCCCCCCAAGCCGCCGAGUAUCCUUGCAGCAUCGGGGGGCGAAUCCGACUCGGACUCGAUCGUCAGCCCCGACCUGGCACCUCCAAGCCCAUUAGUACCGGUGUCGGCGCCAACGGGGAUCCUCAUAUCCAGCUCGUCGCAGCCACCUCUUUCCGUCAUUGCGGAGGCGCGCGCUGGCAGCGGAGAAGAGUCAGAAGAAGAGGACGAGGAGGGAGGAUGGAGAUCCGAACAUGCGGGACCGGCUGCUAAAAGAUCUCGGGACGAUAGCGUGAUUAAAGCGGGUUACCUAUGGAAGAAGGGCGAGAGGAGGAAGACGUGGAAGAAGCGAUGGUUCGUGUUACGACCAACGCAGCUAGCUUACUACAAGACCUCAGCGGAGUAUCGCCUGCUUCGCCUCCUUGAACUGAGCGAAGUCCAUUCUUGCACUACCGUGGACCUGAAGAAGCACGCGCACUCUUUUGGACUGGUAUCUCCCACACGCACAUUCUACCUGCACGCCGACUCCAGCCAGGAAAUGCAAGGCUGGGUGACAGCUAUCAAUCAUGCUAAGGAGAAUCUGGACACCACGUCCACGCAAAACUCUGGAGGAAGCUCCUCGCCUAUCAACAUCCCUACCCGCAAAUCGUCAGGGCAAGGUCCGACAGCGACUUCGUCUACCUCUCACUCCCCUCUAAGCCACGCCAUCACGACUUCUGACUCUGACGACGCCUAUGGAAGCGCGCCAAACUCCUACUCGGCGUCGUCCCCUCCAAGAACGUCUUUGCAGACUUCGCCUUCGAAGCAUCAGACGAACCAUCCAGCAGAUCCCGGCAAGAUGGUGCUCUCCGGCUACUUGAUGAAAAUGGGCGCGCAACGCCGGAAAUGGCGAAAACGGUGGUUUGUGCUCACUGGCGAGUUUCUCACGUAUAGUGGGAGCCACAUGGACACGAAACCGCAUCGCCAGGUCCCUCUUUCGCAGAUCGUUGACGCGCUCGAAUGCGAGAUGCCUCACAAUCGCGCCGCGCCGCACGGGUCAAUCCCGGCGGCGUCCCCUCCGCAGGCUCUCGCUGGGAGCGCUGACGACGGAGAUCCAUCGGGGACGCACACGUUCAAGAUCAUCACCACGAAACGUGCCUUGCUUCUCUGCGCGCCGAGCGAGGAGGAAGAGAUCCAGUGGCUGAGCGCCGUGCGGGCGCUGAUUGCCCGCCGAUCAGGGGCGAAUCCCACCGAGGGCGCGCCCACGGCGACUUCUGGCCAGGGCGCUGGAAGGGAGAAGGCGGGAUCGGAGAUCGCGCACGGGCACCCAAUCUCGGGAUCGGCAUCGGUCGCGACGUCGGGAUCGGGCGGCCUGCGCGCUAAGGUCCGGCGGUUGAGUACGAGCGGGACGAGCGGGACGUCGCAUCAUCCGCGCGGAGUGUCCGAGGAGAGUUCCGUUGAUAGGCAUCACUAGGGCGCCGCACAGCCGACGAGAGACUCUCGAUUUCAUGGGCGGUUACCGCCGUUUUGGCGACCGUGAACGCUGUUGCGCCACUUGCAUUGCUCGCUAUCUACACAGUAUGUAUGUUGUCCAGGCCUUUCCAUCGUCGUUCGGUGGCGGCCCGUUGUAUGAUCAUGUGGACUGAUAUCUCG